CGGCCCAGAAAGAGGGGUUAGUGAAGCAGCAACAAUUUAGUUAACAAAACACUAAUCUCCUUUCUUCUUUCUGAGAACAACAAGAAACCCUAUUUCAAAACCUCUACGCUGAAUUCUCAGUGUUCUGCAAUUUUCCAUUCAGAAGAAACUAUCAGAAGAAAUCGAAGAUGGCUCGUAAUGAAGAGAAAGCUCAAUCCAUGCUCAACCGUUUCAUCACCAUGAAAGCGGAAGAGAAGAAGAAACCAAAAGAACGCCGUCCUUUUCUCGCCUCAGAAUGCCGCGACCUCAACGAAGCAGACAAAUGGCGUCAACAAAUCAUGCGUGAAAUCGGCCGUAAAGUCGCCGAGAUCCAAAACGAAGGUCUCGGCGAACACCGCCUCCGUGACCUCAAUGACGAAAUCAACAAACUCAUCCGUGAGAAAGUUCAUUGGGAGCGCCGAAUUGUCGAACUCGGCGGUCCCAAUUACGCUCGACAUUCCGCCAAAAUGACCGAUCUGGAUGGGAAUAUUGUAGAUGUUCCAAACCCUAGCGGCCGUGGUCCUGGUUACCGUUACUUCGGUGCGGCGAAGAAACUCCCUGGUGUACGUGAGCUUUUUGAGAAACCACCGGAGCUUCGCAAGCGAAGGACUCGAUAUGAUAUCUAUAAACGAAUCAAUGCAGCUUAUUAUGGUUACCGUGAUGAGGAGGAUGGUAUUCUGAAAAGUCUUGAAGAGCCUGCUGAGGAAGCUAUGCGACGUGAAGCGAAGGAGGAGUGGCUCCAGCUUGAUAUGAUAAAGAGAGAGGCUAGGAAGGCUGUUAGGAGUGGGGAGGUUGCCGAGGUUACAACUGCUGCUAGGGAGAUACUUCAUGAGGAGGAGGAAGAUGUGGUGGAGGAGGAGAGGAUGAAGGAGAGGGAGAUGAGGGAUCAGUCGGAUAAGAAAGAGAGGGAAUUCAUUGUUCAUGUGCCGUUGCCUGAUGAAAAGGAGAUUGAGAAGAUGGUGUUGCAGAAGAAGAAGACGGAUUUGUUGAAUAAGUAUGUUAGUGAUGUUCUCAUGGAGGAGCAAACUGAAGCUAAGGACUUGCUUAACAUUCAUCGCUAGCUAGGAACCCUCUGGUCUUGAGGUUAACUACUGACUUUGUGCUGGAUUAACACUGGAUAAUAGAGCAAGAGUUAGUACUGGUUUGAAGAAAUUUGUAAAAUGGAUGAUAUUCAACAUUAAUGCAGGAAAUUAGUUUGGCAGGCAUCAAUGCAAUGAAGGGUGGGUUCUUUUUGUAGAGGGAUAUUAGACAUGGAGUUAAAAGUUGGAAGCGGUAUGGAUAUAUAUAUGAUGUGCUUAUGGUUUUUCUACGAUUGUUGGCAGCCGGGUGGCUUAAACUAUGUGCAUAAAAGGGGACUGGUGCAUCCAUAAGGGAGAGUGCUGAGUUUUCCCUAAUGAAUAAUGGAUUAAAGAUUGCUUUACAAAAUAUUUGCCAACUAAUUUAUAAGUUUGAGCUAAUACAUAUAAUGGUGCAGUGUUUUUAAAAUUUGGCCAGUGUUAAUGUGAUCGCGAGUCUGGUGCAUUUAUUGGAACAGUUUUCGUGUAACCCGUUAUAGAUCAGUUUUCUUCCCUGCUUCAUUUUAUAUUUUGAACAGCACAAGUUUUACA